UGAACCCUGAAACAGAUGCAGGAGGAGCCGGCGGCGCCGGCGCGGAGGGCGUCGCUCAGCGGCGUCUGCUACCUGAGCGUGGGCCUCCUGGUGCUGCUCCUGGGCUUGGCCUUCGCCUCCAUGUACGUCUACAGAUACUUCUUCGUGGCCCAGGUGCCCCGCGAGAGCCUGUUCCACUGCGGCGUCCUCUACGAGGACUCCCUCCACUCGCCCCUCCGCGGGCAGCUGGAGCUGCGCGAGGACGUCAGGAUUUACCUCGAGGAGAACUACGAGCAGAUCAACGUGCCCGUGCCCCAGUUCGGGGGCAGCGACCCGGCCGACAUCAUCCACGACUUCCAGCGGGGCCUGACCGCCUACCACGACCUCGCGCUGGACAAGUGCUACGUCAUCGAGCUCAACACGUCCGUGGUGAUGCCCCCGCGCAGCCUCUGGGAGCUGCUGGUUAACGUGAAGAAGGGGACGUACCUGCCGCAGACCUACCUCGUCCAGGAGGAGAUGGUGGCGACGGAGCCCGUGCGGGACGUGGAGCAGCUCGGCGCCUUCAUCGGCCGCCUSUGCCGCGGCAAGGACACCUACGGGCUGCGGCGGCGGCGCGCGCGCCCACGUAUAAGUCGACGUGAGGCCGGGAGCUGCCGUCGCAUUCGUCACUUUGAGAACACUUUUGUGAUCGAAACGGUUAUCUGCAAGACGUCGUGAAGCCCCUGUGCAGCCCUGCUGUUCCUUGGCUUUGCUUGCACACACACACAUGUUUUUAACCCUCUCUUUAGACACGAUCACCCCYCUUGCUUUUCUUACACCCUUUCCUGCUUGUGCAGCUCUAACUUCUUGCAGCGGCUUCUCUUCUCUCUGUACUCCCUGCUUGAGACGUUUUGCUGGGCUUAAAUUUACGCCGUGGUCAGAGAGGACCUGUGAGUAGAAGCGACCUGUUUGAGGCCAGGGGUGCUGGAAGGGACUGCCCUCUCCCUGGCCGAGGGGUUUUGUGCUGGUGCCGCCGUGGCAGAGCCCUGGGCUGUGCCAAGGAGCAGGCUAACGGCUUCGUUGGGGCUGUAAUGGUUGGAAAUAUCUGUUGGGAGGUGCCAAGGGGACACACGGCAGCGAGGCUGCAGACACUGCUCUGCAAAGCUCAGCAGGUUGGGGGGUUUGCUUAAACCCGGUGCCAGGCAGGUCUGUCCCUGCUGGGCCCAGACCUGCCUAUGGAGCAGCAGGCAGCGGCCUGUGCAGAGCAGAUUCCUCGCUGGUUUUAAGAMAGAGAGAAAUCUGCUCUCAUAUCACCCCUGAUGAAAGCAGGUUCAUCUUCAAACAGGUUUUGAUAGCAAUUCCUGCAGCCAUUGGCACGAUCUGCAGACACCAUCCUGGCACAGAUAUGUGUAGAAGGGCAAGAUUCAGCAGACUGAUGCACUGCCGAGAAAUUGGUGAACAAAACUACAUUUCUGUUGAUCAUCAGAGGGAGGAAUUGUAGAGUAAUUAGAUAUUCUUCCCUCUGUUCCAGAAAUACAGUUAAAAUUAAUUAGGCUCUUGAAAUGCAGGCAGUUUUUUGGCUUGAAAGAACAGGGAGAGUUUCAAAUUGGCACGUUCUUGGUAAUUGGUUUCCAGCAAAUCUGGACUCAGUCACCAUCUGUUGAAAUGAGUUUAUUGUUUCAGAAAGAGGAAGGAAAAGGAAAUGCAAGUACAAUCAUUAACUCAGCACAACCAAAAAAUGUCAAUAUAUUUUAGAAUGGAACUUUUAAGUAGAAAUGAUGUGAGCUAAACAGAUGAAAAACAAAACAGGAUCCCAAAGUAGUCGCUUUGUAUAACAGGAUUAUGGCCUUAGAGGCUGAGAGUGGGUUUUUGGUUAGCAUAGAGUUGGCCAGAAACAUUGUGUGUAAGCAGCUAGAGGAGGCUUUGGUCCUGUGCUGCCUUGUGCUUGAUGUAAAAUGAAGAAUCUCAGGCAGGCUGGUGGGGAAGGAAGGUUUUCCACUGCCACAGGGGCAUUUGCUUUCCUAUAGAAGGGCUCUGCUUUCUCAGUGCAGCUUAGUCUUAGCUCCAAUGGGGCGCUGUGGAGC